AUGGCUCUCCUUUCGAGCAGGUCGGCGGCCCCAACUUCGGCGGGCUCUGCACCACAGAUAUCGAGCCGCAACGUCUCAAAGUCGUCACAAGGGACCGGCCCGCCCUCCGCUACCCUACAAGAUGGCAUCUUUACCUCCCCAACCGAUUCGGAGUUCUCACAGAAGUCUGAUGGGUUGGGCUCGAUCCGCAGUUGGGACGAGAAACAAGUGGCGGACUGGUUACACACGAUACGCUGCGGACAGUACGAGUCACUGUUCGUGGCCAACAAUGUCACGGGAGAGAGCUUGCUCGAGUUCGACCAGAAAGUCCUCACCGAACUGGGCAUCAAGAAAAUUGGCGAUCGAGUCAGAAUCAACGUGGCCAUCAAGCAAUUGAGGAACAAGGCGACGACUGGACGUACUAGGAGGAAACGAGACUCGCUGGCUGCACUCGAAGGUUUCGCUGUUACCACACCGCCCUCCUCCGAAUCGCCACGCACGCACGCAUCCCGAUCGCAAGCUGGCAGCAGCAAGCGCUUCUCUCGCCAGCUCGACCCGUCAAUGCUGCAGAAUUUCACGGCAAGUCAGGGUCUGAAGGUCAGCUCACGACCGAGCUCUCCUCUGGCAGAUGUUCAUAGUGCUGGACUGCGUGCGCAUCGCUAUGCCGCUGCCAGUCCGAUGGACACGCGACGAGAGCCAGCCUCCGGAUAUUUCAGUCAGCCAAACUCAGCUAACUCGUCCUCCGGCCGUCGACCCGAAACUCCUCAGGUUGCUGUGGCAUCGCGAAGUCAUCAUCUCCGACAGAACUCGAGCAUCGAUGGACUGACCCCGGGUGGCCUGCCAUCGAAUACACCAGUCAUCAAGAUCAUUCAUAAUGGUGGUCAAACAAAAGUCGUCAACAUCAAAUUCUGCAAGAACGCUGACGAUGUGACGGCCACCGUGCUCAGAAAAGUCCCGACUCUGAACGAAGCGCACUUCCGAAAUUACUGCUUCUAUAUUCUGAAUGGCAUGGAACCAAAGGUAUCGAAUUGUCGCAGGGUGUCGGACAGCGAGCUUAUGCAGAUCUGCAAUGAUCCAAGCCGGUCAGAGCGUAAUCGCUUGAUCCUGAGAAAGAUCAACGAUGGCCUGCCUGACAUGGACGAACUGCAGAAGGCGGCACGUCUCGCUGUUGAUGAGUCUCAGGUCCUGCACUCAAAUGCUCUGAGUAGCAACAAUAUGCGCAACCAGAUCAAGCUGCAGAAGCUUACUGGAGAAUCUUGGCACCAGAUCCAGGCAGUGCCAAUGUCGCCAGUGACCACCACAGAUCGCAAUCGCAACAUCAUGGCCACGGCAGACGAGACCGAAAGGCAAGAAGCGCAAAGGUUGCGACCUCUCGACUCGUUGCAGAACAGCAAGCUUCGGUCAUUCUUCGGAGCACGACCGCCCAGUGAGAUGAUUGCGCAAGAGCUCACCUCAUACUUCCCCAAGCAUCAGCGAGAAGACAUCGAAAAGACAAUGCGGCUUUCGGUUCGACGCAGUCAGCGUAUGAGUCGCGCGCAAAGCAGGCUGAGUGUCAUGAGCAAUGUCAGCUACGCCUCCAGCCUCAAGGACGCUCCGCCAGUCCCAAGCCUACCCAACAUACCCAAUGUAGCAGAUGCAUGGCUGGCACAGAGCGGACAGCUUGGCAAAGCAUCUCAGUCACGACCACUCUCAGUAUCCAGUCGAUUUGGGCUCGGUAACAUGAAUUACCGAGACUCCAUCGCUUCUUCAGCUCUGCAGCCACUGCAAGAGGAGUCAUCAAUGGAGCCAAACCGCAAAUCAUACGUCUCAUUUGACAGUGGCUCCGAUUCCGCGACCCCGAGCGACGCCCCUCGAAUCAGCUUCAUUGACGUCGACGAAGAAGAGAGCCUCACGAACGACAUAAAUAAACGUCUCUCCAUGAUCGUAGCCGAAGACGGCGAAGAAGACGACACCGCCCUCAACUCCUUCCUUGCGGGCAACAGCUUCGAAAAGGGCAACUGGAUGAAAGGCGACCUGAUCGGUGAAGGCUCCUUCGGCAGCGUCUACCUCGCCCUGCACGCCGUCACCGGCGAGCUCAUGGCCGUCAAACAAGUCGAGCUGACCAAUGUCACAAAGGGCACGGAGGACAAGAAGAAGAACCUCAUGAUCACCGCGCUCCGCCAAGAAAUUGACCUCCUCCAGGGCCUGCACCACCCACAUAUCGUGCAAUACUUGGGCACCUCUUCCGACGAUGAACAUCUGAACAUCUUCCUCGAAUACGUCCCCGGCGGCUCCAUCGCGGGCAUGCUCAAGCAGUACAAUACCUUCCAGGAGCCCCUAGUGCGCAACUUCACGCGUCAGAUCCUGGAGGGGUUAUCGUACCUGCACUCCUGCAACAUCAUCCACCGAGACAUUAAGGGCGCCAACAUCCUUGUCGACAACCGCGGCGCCGUCAAGAUUUCUGACUUCGGCGUAAGCAAGAAAACAUCCUUCGCUGCAGCCAACGGCACGAUCGCCUCCAGCGCCUCUGCCCCGGCCGGAACGCGAACCUCCCUCCAAGGUUCCGUCUUCUGGAUGGCGCCCGAAGUCGUCCGCCAAUCCGGACAGAGCAUCAAAUCAGACAUCUGGAGCGUGGGGUGUCUUAUCGUAGAGAUGUUUACGGGUAGCAGGCCGUUCCCGAGCAUGACGACGCUGCAAGCCCUCUUUGCGGUAGGGAGCAACAGUGAGUCUCCGGCUAUUCCGGAAACGGCGAGUGAGGAGGCAAAACAGUUCUUGAGGAGGACGUUCGAGGCGGACUUCACCAAGAGGCCGGGGGCGGAUGAGUUGUUGAAAGAGGCAUUUUUGAGGACACCCAUGGCUUGA